AAUAAUAAAAAAAAUAAAAAAUUUUAAAAAUUUUAAAUUACCCAUACGUUGUAUUAAUACAGUAAAUAAUCAACCAUAAUUUAAAUUAUUUUAUUUCUAAGAUGAAUUCAAAUAACCAAAAUACACAAGAUUAUUCUAAUUUACCAAUGGAUAAUAACGAUGGCCAACAUACUUCAAUUGUACCUAAUACUGCGCCUCAAAACGCUACAUUUGAAUUUUAUUUUCCUUUACCAAAUGAUACACGUAUCUAUCAUGUUACAUAUCAGUACACCGAAUUACACCCAUUAGAAAAUGCGCGACUCUUGAAUAAUAGUAUUAAUUUAUCUCAUAUUCUUGAUAACCAGUUUCCACUCCAUAAUAGUAUACAUUCUUUAAUUCAACACCAAAUCCAACAACCUAUUUAUCAACAAAAUACUGAAAAUAACAUUCAACAACAAUUCUUCAACACUAUUCAACCCAAUACUACUCAAGUAUAUCCAAAUAAUAACACUCAUGAUACAACCUCAAUUUCAGUAAACGGAACUAUUUUCGAUAACGACAAUAUUCAACAUGAGGAAUUUCAGAAUUCUCCCAGAAUCUAGAUGAUUUUUUUUUUCUAUUUUGAAUUUUAUUUUCGCUCUUUUAAAAUUUUCCGAUUGUGUAAGGUAUGGCCUAUCAUUUUAUUCUAAACUAAAGUUGUUAAGUACUACUUUAUUAAUAUAUAAGAUAGAAUAUUUUAGCGUAUUUUUUUAUGAUUUGAAAUGUAUUUCUUAAAAAUAUAAAGAUUAUAGGGCAGUGACAUAUGUAGGGAUGGGGAAAUCUUAGGUUGCGG